GGUCAAUUUUUGUGUACGAUCCAGAUUACCUCCCGCGGAUAUCUCGGAGACUCAAAAUUCUCUUCGUUCAAUUCAAUGUUUUUCUAUCUAUUUCGUGCGUUCCUGUAACCUCGUUCUGAACUGCUUGGGAACUGUGGAAAACAUACCACGCCAGGUCCGACAACGGCCAAUCGAUCCAGCAAUACCCUGCCAGGUGCUUGUAUAGCCCUAGGGGCUCUAUUUCCGGUUGAACAUGUCGUUCCUAAGUUUCCAUACCGAUACUCUCGAUGUCCUUAAUGUCGGCCGCUUCUUCAAUCCCCAAGAGCACGAUGGCAACUACUACCGGCAAUUACACUCUAUAGUAGCACGUGUGCCAAUUCCAGCACUUUUUAUCACGCUACUCUUGAUAUGUGCGCCUCUGGUCAUCGCUCUUUAUGUCUAUCAAUCCAACGCCGCAAAGGCACGAGAUGAACAGCCUGCGGGCUGCCGGAAGUUGGGAAUAAAGACCAAAAGUAACUUAUCCAACGAAUUCGACGAGAAAUUCGCCUCGGGAUGGCCACUAUCCACCACUGCCGCUCCUACAAAGCGAUGGACUGUACAGAGCAUGUGGAUUUACCCCAUCAAGAGCUGCAGAGGCGUGGAACUCGAUCAUGCAGACAUCAUCACCACCGGCAUGAAAUACGAUCGCCAAUUCACCCUUGCUCAACUGAAGAACCCAGCACCGGCCGCCGAGACGGAGGAGAAAAGGCAGACGGUACGGACGUGGGAAUUCAUCACCCAGCGCAAGUUCCCGAGACUCGCUACUGUCAAGGUGGAGGUAUGGGUUCCUGAUCAGAGCAGUGCGGGUUACCACCCUGAGGGUGAGUAUGUCCAGGGAGGCGGUGCUGUUGUUAUACGCUUCCCCUAUCAGAAACCUGGGUGGAGAGGAAAGCUCGAAAAGCUGGCCACCAUACUCAACGGAUCAGUCCCAGAGAAGCAGUUCAAGGUCCCCUUUGACCCAACACCCUCACAGGUGCAAAAGUCUGGGUAUAAAUACGAAAACGUGAUUAUCUGGAAAGACACCGUCAACGCCCUCAACCUCGAAGUGGACGUCCCCAAAGAGCUACAAGAAUAUCUCGGCGUCAGCAAUAAACUGAGCUUAAUCAGAGUCGACAACUCCACCCUGAGAGAAGUCUACAGAUGCGCCCCUAAGGCCGAAGACCUGGGUUACCAGCCCGUAACAGGUUUCCAGGAUGCCUACCCUCUGCACAUCAUGAACCUCGCAAGCGUGCGAGAUCUCGAGGGGAAAUUACCCAAGGUCAAAGGCGUGCCUAGUUUAUCAGCCAAGCGAUUUCGUGCAAACAUCAUCGUUACCGGACCAGAACCGUACGAAGAAGAUACCUGGAAGAGAGUCAGGAUCGGCUCCUACGAGUUCGCCUUCUCCUGCCGGACAGCGCGCUGUAAGCUCCCAAACGUCGACCCUGUUUCAGGGGAAGUGCAUGCCUCUGAGCCAGAUCGCACGCUGCGGAAACUCAGGAAUGUGGAUGCGGGAGCUGGGAAGUAUGUUGGUUGCCUUGGUAUGCAAGUUGUUCCGAUAAGUAAGGAGAGUGUAAUGGAUGUUGGGGAUGAGGUUGUCCCGCUGGAAUACGGAGAGCAUGUAUACAUAAACCAAUAGCUUGAAUAAUGAUAGAAG